AUGAGGAAACUGAGGCCCAGAGAGGGUGGAGUACUGUCCAAGGGAGAAUGGAACAUCCUUCCAGGAACCCUGGCUCCUUGGUUUCUAAUGAGCUUCCUACACAGCAUGGUCAUUAAAUGGUGUUGGAGGUCUGUUGAGGACCCCAUGCAAGGGAGGUUCUAUCUCUUGGGACACCUCUGCUUCAGCAUCUCCCUAAGCCAGCAACCUGGUAGGUCAUCCAGAGGACCCGUAAUAAGCUCUUCCCAUAGUGCUUCUUCAUAA